AGGAUCUCACCGGUUCACCCGCUAGGUGUUUCAGCUAGCCCACGUUGUAGCAGCAAAAGCUGUGGUUGAUUUUAUUCCCAAUCUAGUUAGAGGAGGAGGCAGUCAAGCUUUCGGCAAUUUUCCUUUUGGUUUGAUUGAUGUGCUGACUACGAAAGGAAGGCUGUAUAGUGUGAAUCAAGAAAGCAAGUAGCUGAAAAAGAAAGGGAUGGCAGCAGGCCAAGAGAAUGUGAAACACCUUGAAGACUGCUCAGUUUCCAAUGCUCUGGGCACAUGGGUAUUUUCCGUAGCCGGUGCUUUGCUGGCAAUACCGGUGGGAAUAAAGAGGAAAUCAUUGGCGCCGCUUGUGUUCUUUGGAACAACUGGUACGAUGCUUGACAUAAUCAUAGGAAUUAGCCAAUGCGAAAGGGAACAUGCAGAGCGCCAGCUGAAGCUUCUAGAAGAAAAAGAUGCCGCAGUUGCCGAUGCUUUGACGGAGACAGGAGAUGAGUCUUGAUAUGAACUUUUUGUGAAGUUUCUCAACUAGUCAAUAGGCAAAAUAUUGGUGAAAUGACCUAUGUUGCUCUUUAUUGCAACUAAUUUGUGUAUGUUUCUGUCUUAGGGUGAGAAUAUAAAGAAGAAAAUAAAUCAGAGAGGCUGAGUGAGCUUCCAUUUCUCUUAUUCAGUUCUUUCCAAUUUUCCCCUACCCUGAUUUUGCAAAUGUCUUCUAUCGUGGACAAGUUCCUCUGGUUGUGAAGUGCACUUGACGAGAGAACAUUGUUUUUUUCGUGACUAGUGUAUUGGAGGCUUUUGCCCGCAUAGUUAUCGCGUUCGUGUAGUUCUCAAUUCCACACAUACCGGUAAUUAUCAAGCAUGUAUCUCCUCUUGAAUUGGAUCUGCUUCCAAAU